CUUCCCCAUGCUCUGGCUAACGGCGAUUGCAGGCAAACAUCAAAUUAGAGGCAUACGGCUUUGCUCUGCAGGAUGCGAACAAGGCCAUCGAGCUCGAUCCCAACAAUGUCAAGGUAUGCUUCCUCCCUAUCCCUCCCAUGCUGGUCGCGUGCCCCGCUGAUAUUUAUACUCAUUCUUGUAGGCAUACUACCGCCGCGCCUCUGCAAAUACCGCAAUCCUGAAUCACAAAGAUGCGCUCAGGGACUGGAAAAUUGUCGUCAAGAAGGCGCCCUCUGAUGCCCAGGCGAGGCUGCGCAUGACCGAAUGCGAAAAGAUCGUCAAGCGCGAUGCCUUCCUCAAAGCUAUCGAGGUCGAAGACGCCCCCUCUGCCGCUGAGGGGCUGGACCUGGACUCCAUGGUUGUCGAUCCGUCAUACGAUGGUGUAAAGCUGGAGAAAGAGAUGACCCAAGAGUUCAUCGACGACAUGAUUGAGCGCUUCAAGAACGGCAAGAAGAUCGCCCGGAAAUACGUCUUCCAGAUCAUAUUAGCCGUCAUGGACAUUGUCAAAAAGGAACCCACCAUGGUCGAGACCUCCAUCACCGAACCCUCGCACACCAUCACCAUAUGCGGCGACACCCACGGCCAAUUCUUCGACCUCCUCAACAUCUUCAAGCUCGCGGGCCCGCCCUCGCCUACAAACUCGUACCUCUUCAACGGCGACUUCGUCGACCGCGGCUCCUGGUCCACCGAAGUUGCCCUCACCCUCUACGCCUACAAAUGGCUGUACCCGACCUCCUUCUUCCUCAACCGCGGCAACCACGAAACAGACGACAUGAACCGCAUGUACGGCUUCGAGGGCGAAUGCCGCGCAAAGUACACGGAGCGCGUCUUCAAGCUCUUCUCCGAAUCCUUCUCCGCCCUACCCCUCGCCACCCUCGUCAACUCCAAAUUCCUCGUCCUGCACGGCGGCCUCUUUUCUGAUGACAAUAUCACCCUCGACGACAUCCGCAAGCUGAACCGCUUCAAGCAACGCCAACCGGGCCAGUCGGGCCUCAUGAUGGAAAUGCUCUGGACCGACCCGCAGACGGCGCCCGGUCGGGGUCCCUCGAAACGCGGCGUCGGCUUGCAGUUCGGACCGGACGUCACGAAGCGCUUCUGCGAGAGGAACGGUUUGGAGGCUAUUAUCCGCUCGCACGAGGUGCGCAUGGAAGGUUACGAGGUGGAGCACGACGGGAAAUGCAUCACCGUCUUCUCGGCGCCGCACUAUUGCGAUAGCACGGGGAAUAAAGGGGCAUUCAUCAAGAUUGGAAAGGAGAACAAGAUGGAGUUUACAAAGUUCAACGCGGUGCCGCAUCCCGAUGUCAAGCCCAUGGCGUAUGCGAGUAAUGGGCUUGCCGGGUUGAUUUAGAGGGAUCUAGAAGGGUUAUUUGGAGGAGAUGGGCUUCUACUGGAAUGAUGGAGGGGUAUGAUCUGAUGAUUGAUUUCAACAGGAUGCAUGGGAAGGUGUUCAUGGCGUAACGCGAGAGAGAUUCUUCUGCACUUGGGGGUGGGUGUUUGUAUACUAUAUAUCACGCUGUACUGAGGUGAUCCAUCUGACGCUUAAGGUACGACUUUGUAAGUGUACAUACAGUACAGGUAGACGGGGGGACGGACAGAUGAGAGAGAAGAGUUGAGAUGUUGCAUUUAUGCAUGAGAUGAUAGAUUCAACGAUCUAUACAUACCACGACGUUCUUCUCAACAAGAAACAGGAAGGAAUAAGUGUUAGCAAUCGUCCGCCGAUCAGAUUAAUGGAUGUA